AUGUCAUGGCUCUUUUCGAAGAAAAAGAAGGCGGUGACUCUAGGAGCUGUGGAUCUUGCAAAAUCAGGCAGCCCUUUGGUUCCAACACCUCCCACGAAGCCAAGACCGAAAGAUAGAGGAAGGCCCGGGGUGGCCUCUGCUGGUGAUACUCCUCGCGGGCGUGCAGGCACGCCGAGCGACUUGAUCUCAGGAGAUUCGUAUCUCUCUCGAGGUUCUCUCCGCAGCAAGGACGAGGGUUCAGGCAAACGACGGGUCCAGUCAGUUCACGGGGCUGUCCCCACCGGCUUGCCAAGAAUUUCCGAAGACCUUCGUGGGACUGGAAGGAAGAAGGGUGCUCUCAGCGUUGAUGGGGCACCAGAUGUUGUUCGACCUGACAGCGCCAGCGACAUCUCCGUGAGUCUGAUCUCGCCGCGCCCGAGACCAUCAACCAGUGGGGGAGAAGACGGACGCCGAGUCCAUGAUGCAGCUUUGCUCAGCUCGAACGGAGAAGCAGGUGGUGGUGGCGCCAGUGUUUCUACCAGUGCAGAAGCAGACUGCAGGCCAGCAUCAUCGCACAUGAGAACAUCCCUGCUGGCCAAAGUUCUUCGGCCAUACACGGAAGGUAGUUCGCACUUGGACACAGUGGAGGACAUGGAGGUUGCUGCGGAUCAGAACUUGAGCACAGAGAGCACGAGGACUCUGCGAGAAGAGUCUGACCAAGAAUCCAGAAAGUUAAAGGUAAGUAAGGCUUGCACCUACGACGCGAACUUUGACCGGAAGCAAAAAGCAGUCGUCAACAUCCUUUUGGGUGAUGAGAGUGCAGUAGCCGUCAAGGCUCAUGGCUCUCAAGGCGAUGUUGGCAAAAGACGCCAGGACGCCGCUGCGCGGUCGAGGAGGCUGAAGGCGAUGUUGUCCGGGGUCGGGGAAGACGAUGACCUCUCCCCUGAAGCGAUGGAGGUCGCUUUCGCUCCUAGCAAACCGCAGCCAGCUUUGGCCGAAGAAGCCUACUGGAAGACCCUUUGGGAGGCUUCGAGGUCAAUGAUGGAGGAGGAUUGUCCGGAGGUGUCAGCUGUGAAGAGCUCGGACUUGGACGAUUGGCAACUGCUGGAGUCUGUGCCAUCGCCAUAUUUGGCUGCUUGA